AUGAAGUUCAACUUUGAAGGCAAGCAAUUUUGCGACGAAAAAGUCAUUGAAGCUGCUCUCGUAUGUGCUAAAUUAGCAUUCACAAAAGUCACCAUCGAAAAAUUUGAUAUUCUCAAAGAUUUUGUUACACAAUUGUGCUUAACAAUUAAUCCUAGAAUUUGCGAGGAGAUUAAGGUGGAUGUCGUGGAAUGUAUUCACUGUGUCGCCGUUGCAACGAACUCAAAGAUUUGGAAUCAACUGUACUUUGAAGACGCUAUACCAAUCUUAGGCCAUUUGAUUUCAUCUUUAUUAUUAAUGAUCGAGAAGGAAAAGUUGAUAAAAUUAAGACUCACCGCGAUUGAUUGUUUAUUACAAAUAUCGUUAUAUAAUGUCAACGAAGAAAUAAAGAUGCAGUAUUCUAAGGAUAUUUAUCAGAGAAAGUCUAUGUCACAUGCACUUUCAAUAUUCAUACCUGGCAUAUCAACGGCCCUGGGUAAAGUAAUUGUUAAUACUGCAAAUCACUACCAGGCUGCUAUUCAAGCAUUGUCUUUAAUAAUUUCUCUUGCUAUGGAUGAUACUUUCUUACCCAACGAUAAUCAAAAAUUAUCUUUGGAUUCAUUUUACAAAUUAGUUAAAAAUAAAACCCAGGAUCCUACAUACUUGCAAGCUGAUAAUCGAAUUCUACGUCAUCCAAAGCGAGACAUGGAAUGGUUCAAAACCACAAGUAAUUCGCCAAGCUUUAGCGAAAUUGUCUGCAAGAUUACUGUUCACAUGUAUAAGGCACUAUUACCGAAUCACUUUAGUAAACAGUCAGGUAAAGGUGAACGCUUAAAUUCAUUCUUAAACUCUCAGAGCCAUCUAUCACGAUUAUCUAUGGCAUUGAUACAAAUAUUAGAACUUCAAAAGCCUACUGUAGGGGUUACCGACAUUGGAUCAACUUUGCUUGAUGCUAUCAAUACAUCAUACGAAAGUUCCGAUGACUAUCCUAGAAAAAAUUUUAAACAUAUCCUGUCAGAGGCUGUAGAAACAUCCGUUCGAAAUCUAUGCCGAAUAAUCGGCCAAAAUGGUGUUCAAGGUACAAAUGCGCGAAAGUAUGCUUUUCAUAAUUCUAUCAGAAAUUUACUAAUGGAAUACUUAUCACCGACUUGUUGGAUGGUAAGGCAACAACAGUUCCUUGGAGAAGCGGAAUUAUACGAAAGUAUAGAAGAUAAACUGCAAAUUGUAAAUAGGCAAACGUAUGUCGUAAAUGAGGAAAGGUAUUCUGGUGCGGUCAUGCAAUGUCUUUUAAUGGAAGGCCUCGCCAACUUAGCUAAGUUCUUUGAAGGCGACACUGUAUACUAUCUCAGACACUGCUUGUAUUUGCUAUUGGAGAAGCUGGAUACUGAGAUUAUGAUAAUCAACCGGACUGCUUACAUUACACUUACACGAAUCUGCAAUUCCUUUGGAUAUAGUUCUAUACCAGAAGUGAUCGGUGAUAAUAUUGACUACUUAGUUAAUGCCAUCGCUUUAAAUUUAAGAAAUGUCAAUGAAAAUGGACGAUCACUCAAGGUAUUGAAGGUUGUAUUAGAAUAUGGAACAAAAGAUACUUUACCGAUUCUCGAAGAUUCUAUUCUAGAGGAAAAAGAAACUGAAAAAUAUAUGUCAGGUUUGCUGAAAAAUAAGUAUAUAAUCGAUGAUCGUGUACAAAGUUCAAAGGAAACGCCGAACCUCGUGGAAAACUUCUUAACAGAGUACUGGAAAUUCAAAAAUUUAACUGAAUCUAAUAAUGAAGAAGAUGAAAAUGAUGUAUUUGAGAGUGCAUCUAAUGAUGAAAAUGCCGAAGACGAUGUCGAAAAACCGAAAUUACUCUACGUACAAAUCCUAUUACAGGUAAUGGAUAAAUGCGCUAAUUUCUUGGCAUCAAAUGAAUACCGCAUGCGUAUAAAGUUAUUGGAAGUAAUAAAAAAUGGUAUACUAUCUUUAUCUAAAUUUGAAAAUGAUUUACUUCCAGCCAUUCACAAAAUUUGGAAUCCUUUCAUCAGGCGAUUCACUGAUGGCAACGUAACUGUCCAGAUUAAGGCAAUGGAAGUAUUAUCUGUUAUGGCUCAAUUGUGCGGAGAAUUUUUACAAAGAAGAAUAUCAAAGGAAAUUAUCCCUACCGCUUGCAAGUAUCUUACUACUCAAGCUAACAUCAGAUUCACACGAGAAUAUAAGUUGCAAAUGGCGAUAUUGAAGAAUUUUUCUAUAAUAUUUUCAAACAUUCAGGUACUAAAUUCUGAUUACGCUGAAGUAUCAUUUGCAGCUGUAUGUUAUCUAAGUAUCAAACAACCAGUUCCAUUACAAGAGGUUGCUAAUAACCUAUUAGUGACUUUAUCACAACAAGAACAAGACCUUGUUUGGUUUAUUUUACAUGAUAUAUACACAAGUGAACCUUUGGAACAUCCUGAUUGUCAAUUUCGGCGACUACAUAUGAGUCCACCUCCUAGCGAAAUAAAAGCAGAGUUUUAUACCAACGUUAUGAAACUUUUACAAACUAUUGAGCAAAAAUAA